AUGCAGCUUACAACUGAAGAGCUGUUGGUGCCUGUGGCUGUCAUUUGUGUUUAUGAAGUGCAGCUUGAAGAAUGCGUACAGGGGAAGGAACUAGGGAAAUUCCUAACGCAGUUGGUUGAGUGUAUUGCAUAUAGGAAUGGGAUGAGUGCUGUUACGCUAACAUUUCAGAAAGUGAGAGUACUUGCUAAGGAUUUUUAUAUGAGUAAGUCAAGGUGUGUUAUAUCGUUCAAUUCACCUUUGCAGACGGGAUUUGACAAGAGCUAUGAAAUUCUUGGUAAAGUAGCUGAUCGUGAAGCAAAAUAA